AUGCAGAACUCUCGAGCCUCAACCGGCAUCAUAGACGGGCCGUAUCGUCCUCAGAGGUAUGGCCCCGGUGAGCGCUCACCCUGUAUUCGUCCAUCACGGUUUCGAGCUUCAGGUGCCUUCUCAUCAUCGCCAUUGUCGGGCAUGGUUUCCACAUUCCAAAACAGAUCAGAUCAAGACACAGGCUUGAUCGCACCACAGCCGUCGCUUCUGCUGGCUCGUGAGAGCGCCGACGAUGUAGGGUCUUCUUCAGACUCUGCCACUUCGACUACCUGCCCGACGGCCCUUCAGAGUAGUACGGAUGGCUUAUUUGAACAGUUCCAAAGCCCAAGUUCCGUUUAUCACGCUACGCCACUGCCGCAGGCCAGGAUCAACCGCACCGACACUCUCCUCUCAGACUUUGAGUCUCACAGCGGCCAUACGCCAGCCUGGAGGCCUGUGCAGCUGGGAGAGCUCCAACCGCGGACUACGACAUGCUUUCGUCCUAGCAACGCCAUUGCCGGCCUCGUCAACCCUCACCAAGACCCAUGGGAGGUGGCCCGCCUCAAGGCCCAACACGGCAUCUCGGUCAAAUACCGCGGCGACCCAAGCCUCCCGGGCAAUCACAGCGCCGCCAUUCCCGACGCAGAAAACUGUUCCUUCUGGAUCAUCGACCUGCCUCCGGACGUGACACACAACCAGCUCCUCCGCUGCAUCCGCAACACGGGCCGCGUGCAUGCUUGCGUCAUCAACCCGCCCGACCCGCGCAACCGACACUAUACUGCAGCCGCCAAGAUUGUCUUCUUCGACCUCUGGGCCGCUGACAAGUUCAUGAGCGACACAUUCUUCUGGGGCUUCAUUGUCGGUACCCAUUGCGCCCGCGUCAAGCGAAAUCGCAUCAAGUCGGCGCCGCAGCCGCACGCGGGGGAUCGGAGCCGUGUGCUCAUCAUCGAAGGGCAUCCGAGUUUUGUGAAUGCCCGAGAGCUAACGCGGUAUUUCGACGGAAAGUUCCAGUAUCAGGUUGACAGUGUCAUUGAUGUGUAUCGCACUGAGGAUGUCGGCAUCGUUGAGUACAGGUUUGGGAGUUAUCGCUGUCAGGCGCAGACGGCGCGCAUGGCGAUCGAGACGGAGCACAUGGGCUCAGGCAGCAGUGGGCUUGUGUACGAUGUUUUCUUUGGCCGUGAUCCUUGCGAUGUGAAGAUUGGGAGCUUCUUGCGGUUUCCUGGAUUUUGA